AUGUACACUGCCUCGAAAAUGGAGUUUCCGUUGUACGACGCUCACCUCACCAUCAGCGAAAGCCUCGAGGGGAAUGCCAUUCCUCCCCCUGACCUCGACAAGCCGCCUCUGUUCUUGGGCUACACCACGCUUAUACUGUCGCUGAUCUUCAUGAUGUGGUUUGCCUACAACGCGUGCGUAUGCUUGGAAGAGAAAACGAGGAACUACCAUCACGCUUCGCCUAUUCUUAGUUCACGCUGGCAUCUGGUUCUCUGGUCAGCCAUCUCGCCGCAGAUUCUUCUCUUCUGCGCCUACGGCAGCUGGGUUGGAUGGAAGUUCUUUAAGCACAACUAG